AUGUCGCUCCUCAUGUACCUGGCACCACUCUACGCGGCACUUCACGCCAAGAUUAACGAUUGGGUAUUUGUAAUCAUUGCACUCAACGGAUUUCCCUACUGGAAAGCUAAUCAAGUUGGUGUCACUUUGUUGAUGAGCACGGGUUUGGACGUUCUGCACAGAGAGACUGGAUUGUCCGAGAUGAUUAAUCACCUUCCCCUAGUCAUUGCAGGGAUUUCUGCCACGACAACAUACCUCUUGGUAACCCUCAUGCCUGGACCUAUUGCAGAGACUGGCGAUAUCUUGACGGCAGAUGUCUUGGUUGCCUUCGCGUUUUUCGGAGGAAUGCAGAUUGCAAGAGCUACUUUGGCGCCAUUCAGAGGAGGGAUGUGUACUAUAUACGUAUUGAUGGCAAGAGAACCAAAGCUUAUUAUGGAAAACCAUGGGAAGAUUUGGAGUCGUUUGGAGGAGCUCAAACCUGCUAUCGCCGAAGCAUUAUUGAAGAGACAGAGCUGA